UUGUCCGUUUUCUAUCUAUAUAUUUAUGGUAAUUAAUUAAUUAUUACUGAUUCUUUAAGUAAUAAUUAGUGAGUUCUGGUCUAAUUAUCCCAUUGUUGAACUAAUCUGGAUGUUCAAAAUUUGUAUAUAUUUGGUAAUUAAUUGACCUUUCCUCUUCCAGAACUCUCCUUCUCCUUCUCCUUCUUCUUCUCCUUCUUGUAUUCCUUUCUUCACUGUAAUGGAAGCUCAAUAACUUUCAUUAUAUAGUGAAGAGAAGUAUUUUCUCAAGAAAAACCCAAAGACCCAGAUGAAAAUGGGUUGUUUGGGGUUUGAUUUUUCUAAUUUUCAAUCGAUUACAGCAUUUUGUUUGUUAUUGAUGCUUGGGUUUUCGUUUUCCCCAAUUGGGUGUCUAGGGAUUCGUAGUUUUCCUGAGGAAAGACGAUUUACAGAAGCGCCGGAGUAUAGAAACGGCGUUCAAUGUCCGGUGACGGCGGAAACUCAAAAUAUGGUUCAUGUAGCGAUGACGCUUGAUUCAGAAUAUCUCAGAGGAUCUAUGGCGGCUAUACACUCAGUUCUCCGUCAUUCAUCUUGCCCUGAACAUAUCUUCUUCCAUUUCAUCGCUGCUGAGUUUGACCCGUCUAGUCCACGGGUUUUAACCCAGCUAGUCCGAUCUAUAUUCCCUUCACUCAACUUCAAAGUCUAUAUAUUCAGAGAAGAUACAGUUCUAAAUCUCAUUUCAUCUUCGAUCCGUCACGCACUUGAAAACCCAUUAAACUACGCCCGGAAUUACCUCGGUGAUAUGCUUGACCCGUCGGUAACCCGGGUCAUUUACCUCGAUUCCGAUAUCAUCCUCGUCGAUGAUAUCGAAAAGCUAUGGAAAACCCCUCUUUCCGGUUCCCGAAUCAUCGGAGCACCAGAAUACUGCCAUGCAAAUUUCACGAAAUACUUCACCGAUUCUUUCUGGUCCGACCCGGAUUUACCCCGGGUAUUCGGGUCACGAAACCCGUGUUACUUCAACACCGGUGUGAUGGUAAUGGAUUUGCAGAAAUGGAGAGAAGGUGAUUACCGGAAAAAGAUAGAGAAAUGGAUGGAGUUACAGAGACAAAGAAGAAUUUACGAACUGGGUUCAUUGCCGCCGUUUCUGCUUGUUUUUGGUGGGCUCGUCGAGCCCAUUAAUCACCGGUGGAAUCAACAUGGGCUCGGCGGCGACAAUGUAAUGGGCUCGUGUAGAUCAUUACAUCCAGGCCCAGUAAGCUUGUUACAUUGGUCUGGUAAAGGAAAACCAUGGGCCAGGCUUGAUGAAAAAAGGCCUUGUCCAUUGGAUUAUCUUUGGGAGCCUUAUGAUUUGUAUAAGCCCAAGCCCAAAUCAAGGCCCAAUUAUCAAAGGAGUAAAAUGAGACUUUAUCAACAUCAUAAUUUGGAUUAUUCUAGUAGUAAUAUACUUUUUGGUUACUCCAAUUAUUUCAUUUGAUUUUAUUUUUUUUGACAAGGUUGAUUUAAGUGAUUCUUUGAUAGCCUUGUACA